AUGGACGGCGACCAGCGUCGGAAAACUACUACAAAAGAAACGGAAGAUCUCUGUAAUCAACCGGUCAGUUCUUCCGAGUUCUUCCAUUCUUUUUGUUUCGGCUUUAUCUCAGCCGAAAAUAUCGAAAAGCUUCGGAAUCGGAGAGAAAAACCUGUUUCGGAAAAGUGCAGAGAUAACCAUGUUGUGUCCUCUAAACUCAAAAAACAUGUCACUGAGCUGUCACACAUACGAAAAUCUGAAGCAGUCGAUAUCAGGAUUCAGAAAAUCAAUUCGUCAAUCGAAACAUUGAAAGAGCAGUCGAAACCUUUGAAAAAAGCUAUGAACACUGGUCUCUACUCCAUUGACUCUGAUUUGAUAGAGCUUGUUGCUCUCACAGCUCGUGAGACUCUUUUGGAAAUUGGUUCAAGUGCUGCCGUCGAUCCGGUUGAUGUUGGAUUGAAAGUCGCUGAUGCCUUGAAACGAAUUAACUCUGCUGUGAAGCAUUAUAAACCAGAUAAAACUGACUGGUGCAAUGAGUGGUUGUACGAUGAGAAUAUGGAUGAAAUCGACGAAAUCUACAAUGGUAUCUAUGGGGAUUCCGGACUUUCUGAAAACUGUCGUCUUGCAUCAAACCUUGCGGUUUUUCAUCGCUGUGGUCGUGAAAUGCAAAUGUAUCCGUCAGCGUCAGCAGAUACGAACACCGAUCAGGAGCAAGAUGUUUACAUCAAUCCAGCACUUUACCCAUUCAAUGUGGACUGUGACUUUAUACUCCAACUUGUUGAUGUCGAAUGUGCAGAGAAACUGAAAAAAGUGCGCGAGAAAACCGAAAGAGGCUCUAGAAAGAAGGAAACGGGAGAGCUGGUGAAAGUGAACGAUAAAGCAAGCAAUGUCCAAAGUGAAGAAGUCUCCAUUUCUAACGAAUUGAAGCACGUUUCGAACAUCUUCAGGAAGGAGAUUAAAACUAGGAAGACAGACAAAAUUCCGUAUUUCGAAUUUGUGAUUAAUCCUGAAUCCUUCUCACGAACAGUUGAAAACAUGUUUUAUGUCUCGUAUCUGAUGCGUGAUAGAACUCUGUUCCUCGUGGAAGAAAAUGGAGCUCCGUACCUUCAAAAACCACCUUUCGCCACGGAGGAAGAGCAAAAGCAAGCCGAGAAUAGAAAUUCCACACAUGGAGUGACGUCUCUGAGCUUCGAGGAAUGGAAGCUACUUUGUGGAGGAUUCAAAAAGACGAUUAUCCAGCCAUUGAAAGUUUAG